CCCAACAGCACAGUUCACGCGAAACGAAACGGCCCUACUGGAUUGCUGCUGCGCGAUCAUGGUAGCCGUUCCACGACACAGUCGGAAUGGCUCAUUGCUGCGUCAGAAAAUCGUCCACGAAGCUGGUAUUCUGGAGACUUGUCUGCACUUCCUUUGGGAGACAACUCCUACAUGCGUUCUGGAUUUUGAAGAAGGAACUACGCUCAACACCGGUGAUCCGGAGAUCGCACCCUUCUUAGCCCUGCCCGCAUUACCGCACAUACUGCAAGCGUUGCGUGCUUGUCUCGGCCCCGAGGAAAACGCCGAAUCCCUUUCUCAACCCGAACACUAUAAACCCAUCUCUGACUCGAAUCGAGCCCGAAUCACUGCUGAUCGUUU